AUGGAAGCUAUGGAUUUGGAUAGUGUUCCCAUGGAUAAGGUCUUUGAGACACUUCGUUGCGAUACAAAUGGAUUGUCCACAAAAGCUGCUGAAGAACGUCUAGCCAUCUUUGGACCCAACAAGUUUGAGGAGGAACAAGAAAGCAAGAUCAAGAAGUUCUUUGGAUUAAUGUGGAAUCUUUUUUCAUGGGCUAUGGAAGCUACAUCAAUCAUGGCCCUUGUACUUGCCAAUGGAGGAGGAAAGCCUACAGACUGGCAAGACUUUGUUGGGAUCAUUGUCCUGCUUCUCAUUGAUUCAACAAUCGGUUUCAUCGAAUUGGAGAACAACGCUGGUAUUGUUGCCGAUGCUCUAAUGGCGUAUUUGGCACCCAAAACUACAAUUCUUAGAGAUGGCAAGUGGGUCAAGGAGGAUGCAUGGAUUCUGGUUCCAGGAGAUAUCAUUCGUAUAAUGGUUGUAGAUAUAAUUCCAGCAGAUUGUCGUUUGCUCCAAGGUGACCCUUUGGAAAUUGAUCAGGCAUUGACCGCCAUUGGAGAUUUCUGUAUAUGCUUCAUUGCUAUGGGAGUGUAUAUGGAGGUUAUGGUCAUAUAUUCGAUUCAGCAGCGUGGAUAUCAUGUUGUAAUAGAUAAUCUGUUGGUUCUGUUAAUAGGAGGCAUUCCAAUUGCAAUGCCUACUCUUUUCUCUAUCAUAAUGGCAAACGGAUCUCGCUGGUUAUCUCAGCAGGGUGCCAUCACCAAAAGAAUGACUGCAAUUGAAGAAAUGGCUGGCAUGGAUGUUCUCUUCAUCGAUAGAACCGGGACCUUGACAUUGAACAAGCCUUCAGUUGACAGAAACCUCAUCGAAGUCUUCGCUGAAAGUGUGGAGCCUGAUGAUGUUAUUCUAAUGGCAGCUCGAGCAUCUCGAGUUGAAAACCAAGAUGCAAUCGAUGCAGCAAUAGUUGGGAUGUUAAAAGAUCCCAAAGAAGCACGGGCUGGGAUUCAACAAAUUCAUUUCCUUCCGUUCAAUCGAACAGGUGUAAAUGUGAAGAUGAUCACAGGUGAUCAAUUGGCCAUAGGGAAGGAAACAGGACGCCGUCUUGGGAUGGGCACAAACAUGUACACUGCAUCAGCUGUAUUAGGAAAGUGUAAAUAUUACGAGUUAAUCGAAGAAGCUGCUGGUUUUACUAGUGUUUCCCCAGAGCAUAGAUAUGAGAUCGUGAGACAUUUUCAAAAUAUGAAUCACAUAUGUGGGAUGACCAGUGAUGGAAUAGACGAUGUUCCAGCUCUCAAGAAAGCGGAUAUAGGCAUAGCUGUUGCUGAUGCGACUGAUGCAGCUCGUAGUUCUGAUAUUCUUCUUACAAAACCUGGUCUCAGUGUUAUCAUUAGUGUUAUCCUCACAAGUAGAGCUAUUUGCCAGAGAAUGAAGAACUGCACAAUAUAUGCUGUCGCCAUCACAGUUUUCAUAGUGCUCGGUUUUUUGCUGCUUGCCCUCAUUUGGCAAUUUGACUUCCCACCAUUCAUGGUCAUAAUCAUAGUGACUCUCAACUACAGUACCAUCAUGAAAAUCCCAAAGGAUCGAGUGAAUCCAUCCCCUCAACCAGAUAGCUGGAAAAUGGGUGAGAUAUUCACAACCGGGAUUAUUCUAGGCGGAUACUUGGCGAUGAUGACUGUCAUUUUCUUCUGGGCUACUUGCAAAACGGACUUCUUUCCUAAUCCAACACUAAUUUCUGUAUAUGCGAACUGGGGUUUUGCUUCCGUCGAAGGAAUUGGAUGGCGCUGGGCUGGUGUGAGUUGGCUGUACAACUUGAUUGUCUACAUUCCACUUGAUCCCUUGAAGUUGUUCAUUCAUUACACUUUGAGUGGAAGGAAAACGAAUUUCAGGAGAGACGGGCGUCAACUUAGAUGGGCACACGCCCUAAGGAUCCUUCAUGGCCGUGACCCACCUGAAACCGGGUUCACAGAGCACACCAACUGUAAAUAA